AUGAAGUUUGGUAAAACUUUCCCAAACCAUCAAGUGCCAGAAUGGUCACAUCAAUAUGUAAAUUACAAGAAUCUAAAGAAGCUUAUCAAAGAAAUCACGUACGUCCAGGAAGAGCUUCACAAACAACAACAUGGCGAACCAACUGAAAAUACAGCUCCAUUAAGGGCCAGGAGCAGCGCCAAUCUGGAAGAGAAUUAUUUUGAAGCAACGGAAGUGAGCAAACGGCUUGCCACCUUCUUUUUCGCUAUCGAUAGAGACAUCGAAAAGGUUAACGAGUUCUAUAAUACACAAUUUUUGGAGUAUGAUCGCAGGCUGAGACGUCUUCUAUCGUCCGUGCAACUGACUGGUAUAAAUGGUGCAGCAAGAACAGAGCUAGAAAUGUCUGGCCAACAUCCUGGAACGGCGCCUUUCACAUCGGAUAUCGCUGAGGAUUACACCGAAAUAUUGGGCAUAUUGGUGGAGCUUCGGUCAGAUUUCCGCAACUUGAAAUGGUACGCCGAGCUCAACAAGCGUGCUUUCACUAAAAUUUUGAAGAAGCUAGACAAAAAAGUGGGUACCAAGCACCAACAGCCAUACUUGCAACACCAUAUCUUGCCCCUCGGAAUCUCAAACGACGCAGAAAUCUCGAAAGAGCUAAAUAUAAUCAAUGACACUCUCGAUAAGAUUUCUCCCCCUCUUGCAAAUAUGAAGGAUGCAAAUUGUCAAGAAUCAGGAAAUACAGAUUCGCAAUUGGCCUCCAAGGACGUUUCGCCGCCUAUAAAUGUUGUUGCGCAAUUGAUUGAAAAGGAUGAUGGCAAGAGCUUGAUUAACGAACUCGUUUCGAUGUACCGCUCUAUUGUUUUUAUUCCUAAAAGAACGCUGAUCGCCUUGUUAAACAAAGCUGCUUUGUCUCAAUCUUUCACAUGUAUUGACGAGAUUUUAGAGAUAAUUCCAGCUCUAGGCGAUCACUCCGAUAUCAGUAGUCGUAACUUCUUUCACCAUCAUGUUAUUGCCUUAGGGAAAUGUUGCAAGCAAGGGAAACCCGAACACUUGCCCAAAGGUGGAUCAUCUGAAAGCGGUGAUAAAGACCUUAGUGAUGAGAUCACUUUGGAUGAACUGUUGAAUGUCGAGCCUGCUACUUUGCCCGAUCAAACCUCUAGGUUAGUAGGCGCUUAUGGGCCGGAUGGAGUUAAUUCGAACGACUCCCCAGUGUCGCUACUUUACAUCCUCAACCGUCUACCACCACACCUAAGAUCAAGUCUUUUACAAAGAGACACAUACAAGAGAACACCACUUCAUUAUGCAGCUCAGUUUGGUUUGUUUGAAGUCUCGAAGCUAAUCAUCGAAAGCUUGUCAGCUUGGGGUGCUUGGGAUCCCGCUGUAUCGAUAGAUGAAAAGGAAGUCUGGGGGGACGGUGAAGGAUUUACUCCUUUGCACUUGGCUGUCAUUGGGCUUCAUCCACGAACUGUUAAAUCUUUAACAAGCUACGGAAAUAAUUCAACAACUAUUCAAUCUCCACGACUGCUACAUCUGGCAACAAAAUUGAAUUCGCCGGAACUGUUAAAGUCUCUUCUGAGCAUAAACGGGUUUUCCAUUAAUUAUGUGGAGCCCGAAACUCGUGAGACUGCGCUCUACGUUGCAGCAAAACUUAACUUAGGUAAGGCGGCAGAGUUUUUGUUACAAAUGGGCGCUGAUACAGAAAUUAGUGAACGUAACUUCGGAUGGACACCAGUAUUUGUGGCAGCAACUGAAGGGUUUUACAACAUAGCUAAAUUGCUUGCUGAGCACGGUGCCGACUAUGGUAAGUUCGAUGACAGUGGAUGGACACCAAUGGAACAUGCAGUGCUAAGAGGUCACUUGAAUGUUGCUGGCCUCUUAUCUGUCGAUGAUCCAGUGGUUAUUAGGCCGAAGCUAUCAAGUAAAUUCCAGGGGGGAGAAGACUUAGAGGCUGACAAAAGAUCUACAAGAAUGCCACGUCUAAAAUCUUCGGAAUCUAUACCACAGUUUUACAGCCAACCGGCAGGAUCGGAGAGUUUUAUAUCGGGCGGGUCGGAUGUCAACAUCAAGAAUACCAGCAAGCAUAAUCUUCUCAAGUAUUCUGUUAAUGGUAGCUCUAAGAGCUCUGGAGCCAAGUGCUCUCGAAGCUCACCACCAUUGGUGAAAUCUUUUGGUCAUACUUACCUCCAAAAAGACCAAUCAAUUAUUUUGGUUUCUUUGGGAUCUAAAGACAAUUCUGCCGCUGUGUCCUUUAACAAAGUACCGCUCUCUAAAGUCUCAUCUACCGAAUUAGAUACUGCACUCUCUUUGGUCAUUACAUGCCCUGACGAUCUAAACAGUUCUCCAGCGGUCCUAGAUUUGCCCCUUGACGACAAUUUAGAGUCUGUUCACUUCACUGUUCCAUUCAAGGAAGAUUCCUCUCACAUGCUUUACUUCGAUAUCGUUCCAACCUAUGGCUAUCACGCAAUGAAGAUCAUAAACUCUUCUCAUGAUUUAAAUCCCAACUCCUCUUCUGAAUCAGUGCAUGACAACAUUAGUCAAGGUCUUAAUGAUUCGAGGCAGACCGGCGCUCGACACUCUAAGAUUUUGGGACGCGCUGUGGCUUUGCUUGAUAGAGGUACCAUGUCGGUUGGACCAAAGAGAAUUUCAUUGUCUGAAGCGAGAACCAUUCCUAUCAUUGAAAGCGAAACUUUGGAAAUUUUGGGCACUGUAAAGUAUGAAACCAUUAUAGUCAAGCCAUUCGUUCAUCCAAACGUGUCGUUAGGACGAGGUGAGACUUAUUGGAAAUCUUUAGUAUCCACAAGAGUUAUAGGUCAUAGAGGACUGGGCAAGAACAUGAACACCAAUAAAUCAUUGCAAUUGGGAGAAAAUACAGUAGAGUCUUUCAUUGCGGCUGCGUCCUUGGGUGCUUCUUAUAUUGAGUUUGACGUGCAGUUGACGAAGGAUAACGUGCCAGUGAUAUAUCACGACUUCUUGGUCGCGGAGUCUGGUGUAGAUAUUCCAAUGCAUGAACUAACUUUAGAACAGUUUUUGGAUUUGAAUAAUGCUGAUAGACAUCGCAAAACGCUCGAUGUUGAUUUUAAUGGUCGCUCCAUGGAUGACACAGAUGCAGCAUUUAUACAGAGGGCAUUCAAUGUGAGGGGUGAAGGUGGGCCUGGCAUUGAUAAGCUCGCAUCUGAUAAGAAGACGCCAUUGGCUAAGAUCUUUGAAGAUAGAAUGCGUCUCACCAGAACCUACAAGAAAAACAACUUCAAAGGGAACGCUCGGGGUCAUUCUAUUGCAAGUUCAUUUGUUACUUUGAAGGAUCUCUUCAAAAAAAUUCCUUCCAACGUUGGUUUCAAUGUCGAGUGUAAGUAUCCCAUGCUGGAUGAGGCCAUUGAGGAUGACAUAGGCCACAUAUCUGUUGAACUCAAUCACUGGUGUGACACCGUAUUGAACGUGGUUUACGAUAAUGCGAAUGGCCGGGAUAUCAUAUUCUCAUCUUUCCACCCAGAUAUCUGCGUGAUGUUAUCACUAAAGCAGCCCUCGUUCCCAAUUCUCUACCUGACGGAAGGUGGAGCCAAAAAAACGUUGGAUGCUCGUGCAUCGUCGUUACAAAACGCAAUAAGAUUUGCGCGUACCUGGGAUCUAUUGGGUAUUGUAUCGGCUGCAAAGCCGAUCAUAAAGGCCCCUCGGCUAGCACAGGUUAUUAAAUCUAAUGGUUUGGUGUGUGUAACGUAUGGUGUUGACAACAACGACCCGGAGAUCGCGCAAAUCGAAAUGGAUGCCGGUGUCGACGCCGUCAUUGUUGAUAGCGUCUUAGCAGUUCGCCGUGGGCUCACCAAGUCUGCCGACACGCCGGUCAAGGGAUGA